AUGGCGCUGUGCACCAGCACGUGGCUGCCGGCGAACGGAAUCCUCUCCUUGGAUGGAGAGUCGGACAAUGCUAUACUGACACUAGACAACGACGCCCUCUUCCAGGCACCAUGCCCGACUGCGACAAUACCGACAGUCUCCGUUGCAGUCCCGGAGACCACCAGCACCAGCGACGGAGACUCGAGCCUGACCCUCCAGGACCUCGGAGACGACGGUGAUGACGAUGACAGCCCGCAUUUUUCCGAUUUUCGAGACCCCUUUUACGCCUCGAGUUUUCCCAUCUGUUACGCACUCGCGGCGACUACCGUUACCGCUUGGAUGCUCGUUAUUAUGCUCUUCAUCACGCCAAGGUCUUUCUUCGAUAGUGGCGUUGUCUACCUUGGCCGGCCCGGUGGCUUUACCAAUUCUUCUUCUGGGGGCGUCAAUAUCGGUGGGCGGCCGUGGCUGCAGAAGCUGGCCGCCCUGUCGGUUGCGAUAUCUCUGACGAUAGCCACGGCUGACACUUUCAGGAUCGCCAAAAUACAGUACAUAUGGGGCGUGCAGAAUGCCAAAGUGCUUCAGAACGAGGUCAUGGGGAGUACGGAGCUCAAGGCGAUCCGGGUGGUAUCCGACACCUUUCUUUGGCUCGCACAGGCGCAGACGCUGAUCCGGCUGUUCCCGCGCCACCGCGAGAAAAUCAUCAUCAAAUGGGCUGCUUUUUUCCUCAUCAGUCUCGAUGUCAUUUUCAGUGCCCUAAACAGCUUUUUAUACUCCGACCCGGACAGCAUCGGCAAUUCUAUGCCCAAGAGUUUUGCUCAUCCCAUCCCGGCGCUGAGCUACUUAUUUCAACUGGCCCUUGGGGUGCUCUAUGCUGCGUGGGUUGUGUACUAUGCAAUUAUGAAGAAGCGAUAUUCGUUCUACCACCCCUUGAUGAAGAACAUAAGUCUGGUGGCCAUUAUAUCUUUGGGCGCCAUAUUAAUACCAGUUGUCUUUUUUAUACUUGAUAUAUCGAAGCCUGAGUUUACAGCCUGGGGAGAUUACGUGCGAUGGGUUGGUGCAGCAGCAGCUAGUGUGGUGGUUUGGGAAUGGGUGGAACGAAUUGAAGCGUUGGAGCGUGAAGAGAAAAAGGAUGGAAUACUUGGAAGAGAAGUAUUUGACGGAGAUGACACGCUAGAAGUUGACGCGGCUGAGGUCCCCUGGUCACGGAAGAGAAGAGGCUACAAAACUGGUGGUGGUGGUGAUGGCAGAGGCGUCAUCAUCACGGCAAGAGAGCAAAGACCAGGCGAAGGCAACGGAUGGCCAGGCGUGUCGGUUAUCGGCAGUCGCCACCGCGAGCGGGAGCGAAGUACUGGACGCGGCCGUGAUACAGGCCAGACUGGCGGUGCAGAGGUGGAGAGAACAUCGGGACAUAUUCUAAGGCCGCCAGUUUGGCUCUCACGACCUGCUCCAGCCGUAACGCCAGCCAGCAGGACCGAUACAACAAGUGCUGCCAGUACUGUCUACGCGGUAAGAUACCAGAGAGAGCAUCCACAGCCUAGACUAGAUCUUUCAAGGUCCGAGAGCCACAACCAAGGUCGUGGUCCUACCGUGGAAGACGCAGUCUCGACAAGCCAAGCGCUUUCGUCUAUUUCUCCUGGAGAUUCUCCAGCCAGUCAUAUUGUGAUACAAGAACCAAGAAUACCAGAUUUGGAAGCGAAUUCUUCUUCUGGCGGUGGCCGUUGGCAGGCACUGCUUCGUCGCGGAAACCAUGGCACCACGUCAACACCGCAAUCUCCUGGAGCUUAUCCGGAUGCCCGGUCCGCUGCUACUUCAAGAACCCAUAUGGAUACCAACCGGUGGGAUAUACGAAGCAGAUUAGAAGAGUUUGCAGCCAGCCAAGCAGAGAGGAUCCGAGAAAGAUUCCGGCCCACGACAGACACGGACAAUCUCCCCGUAAUGGUGAUACCAGCACCAGCACGGCGAGGCGCGGCGCUACAACAGGUUCUUGAGGAAGAGGGAGAAGAUUUGAGCGGUUCAGUGGCGUCGGCGUUGCGGCGAGCACGAGGAUCUAGCAGCAGCUCAUCUUCUGAGGAGAUUUACGAAGCCAGGGGACGAAAUCAGAUGGGCCCCAACGUGUAUCCGACGGCGAAUGCGGCGGCUUCAGCGUAUGAGAGACCUAUACCGCCCAGCAAUCCGCCUUUAUGGCCGGGAGUACGAAACCGGUACCUCUACGACGACGAUUACUCGUAUGAUGAUUCUAUAACGGAGACUUCUUCUGUGAUAUCUCGCGAUCAUGAUCCUGACGAGCCAGACACCGGGCAAGAAGACAGGAACACAACACCACCGAGAGAGCCAGGCCCCUCUUGA